AUGGCGGGACCACCGAUUACCUUCGACCCCGCCUGUCCCUACAGGACUCUCUGCUGGGCUCGGUCACGACCAGUGACGGGAGAAGCCGAGAGGCACGAGGUCCUCCAAUUUGCCGUACCGACGUCGCGCCUAGAGAAGAUCACGGCCGCAGCCAAGCAGGCCAAGCUCGAUCUCGACCGCGACCGCGCCUCUGCCGCCCUCCCCCCUGCGCCCGCCGCAGCUGGCCUUGCGUCCGGCGUCGCUGCCACCGGCCCCGCCGGCCUUGCGCCCGGCGCCGCUGCCACCGGCACCGGCACCGGCCCCGCCGCUUCUGACACCGCCGCGUCCGCCGCGCCCGCCGCCGACCCGCCGACGGAGUCGCCGCUCACAAUUGCAACACCAAUGCUCGAGAUCAGCACGAACGUUGUGAUCGCCACGUACGACAGCGCGGGCUGGCGGCUCCUCUGGCGCGAAGAAGCGCGCCCUGAACGCAAGGGCGGGACGCUUGGAAUCUCUGUCGACCCCAACAACCACCAAAUUACCAACGUGGUCGAGGGAGGCGCUGGCGACACCGCCGGUCUUUGCGUGGGCGACUUCAUCGCCGAGGUCAACGGUAAGUCGACGACCGGCGGCUCCUUUGGCAAGCUGCUGCCUGCUGCAGCGACGGCGGAGAUUAGGCUGCGGCUCAUCCGAGUGCAGGCGGUCGCCAAGCACACCGACGUGCGGAAGCAAGAGACUGUCGCUCACACAAGCCGCAGCACAAGUGACUGA